GCUACCGACGUUCACCCAGAUCGGGAGGGGGCAAGGGCUGCAGGAGCUGGGGGUCCGGGCGCGCGCCGACGAAACAUGGCGGCGGCGGACCUCUCCGAGAUUCCCGACGUGGACAUCGACUCCGACGGCGUCUUCAAGUACGUGCUGAUUCGAGUCCACUCGGCACCGCCUUCCGACGCCCAAGCCGCGGAGAGCAAAGAGAUCGUGCGCGGCUACAAGUGGGCCGAGUACCACGCCGACAUCUAUGACAAAGUGUCAGGCGAGAUACACAGGAAGGGUUACGACUGCGAGUGCCUGGGUGGCGGGCGCAUCUCCCACCAGAGCCAGGACAAGAAGAUCCACGUGUACGGCUACUCCAUGGGCUGUGGGCGUGCCCAGCACUCCAUCUCAACAGAGAAGAUCAAGGCCAAGUACCCGGACUACGAGGUUACUUGGGCUGACGACGGCUACUGAAGGUCUGGGCCUGGCUGCCCCCGACAGUCACGCUGAGACACUCUGCCCCUGCCCAGGCAGCCCUCCUGGGGGGUCAGGCCAGCCUUGCCUCUGACCCUGACGGUGUGCUGUCCUUGUCAGGCCCUGGAGACAAGACAGCCUGGGCCCCAGGGCCACCCACAGGAAUUAAAAGUGUUGUCACUUC